AACCAGUGUAUAAAUUGAGACAUUGGCAGGAGACAGCUUCUGAUGAGUUUUCAAAUUCAGAAAAGGAACCUAAUGCAACUGUACCAUCAUUAGCUGAUGAUUUUGAUGAAAUUGAGAAUUCAGAAGUAUCUCAAUGUUCAAUAUCAAAAGUUGUUCAGAUUCCUAAAAGUUGUUCAUCUGAAGCAGUUGUUUCAGUCAAGUGUCCAAAAAAAGUGAAGGAGUUGUAUACAGUUGUGAAAAAUGUGAAGCAAGCUUAUCAGUGUCAUGAAUCUGGAGAAACACAAGAGUUUAAUGAUGAUGUAGAAUAUUUAUUGGAAGGCUUACAGAUUGCUAAUGUUGGGACCAGAUGCUUAAGUAUAUUAAGUCUUGCAUCAAAGUGCAUGGGGUCAGCCUUCCGAAUUCACUUACGUGCCCAUGGAACAAUUUCCAAAAUAUUCAGUGCCUUAAAAGAUGCUCCUUCAAAUACUAGUUUAUCAUUGUGCACAGCUACAUUGAUGUUUGUUCUUAGUGAAGAUAAAUUAACAAUGGACUUAGAAGCAAGUACUCUGUCUUUAAUGCUUCAGCUCUUAAAAUCAGACCCACAACAAGACCAUUCAUUAAACUGGAAUGAAGUUAAAUUGUCUAAUGCCAAUGAUAAUAUUGAUGGAAGUUUACCAUCUGCUUUACAAGAAAAACACAGAGAAAAAGUAAGACAGUUGGUUGAGCAAAUACAACAACGAGGACAUGCAAAACAUCUCAGCUUAGAUAACUUAAAUACGGGUAAUUUGGCUUUGGAAACACUGUUAACUUUAAGUUCUAGAAGAGCUGGUGAAUGGUUUAAAGAAGAACUUAGAAGUCUAGGUGGUAUGGAUCUUCUUGUAGACAUAGCAAGUGCCUGUGCAAAUCAUCUAAACUGUAAUGAACUGAAAUGUAUAAGCUAUCCAUCUGAUAUUCAUCUUGACAAAUUGCGUAAAAUAGAUAGGAGUUUAAGAGUUCUUGAGAAUGUGACUUAUGGAAAUUCAGAAAACCAAAGCUAUCUUUUGAGUUACAAGAAUUCUUUAUUAGUAACUACCUGUGCAAGGUAAUAUUUCUUUCCACUAUAAAAGUUUCUAUU